AUUCAAAUUCAAAAACCACACUCACUCACUCCCUCCGCUCUCUUUCUAAAUCCGCUUCAUCUUCCAUCACACCACCAACAAUGUCAGCAAUUACAAACAACACCCAUCCCUUAACAACACCCACAAAAACCCCUUCUAACAAGAGACACCACACCCCAAAUUCCACCGUAAACGCUUCCCGAUUCGAAGCCUACAACAGAUUACAGGCAGCCGCCGUUGCCUUCGGUGAAAAACUCCCCAUUCCUGAAAUAGUCGCAGUCGGCGGCCAAUCUGAUGGCAAAAGUUCGCUUCUCGAAGCAUUACUCGGGUUUCGGUUUAAUGUUCGGGAAGUUGAAAUGGGUACUCGUCGACCUCUUAUUCUUCAGAUGGUUCAUGACCCUACUGCUCUUGAACCUCGCUGCCGAUUUCAGGAAGAGGAUUCUGAGGAAUAUGGAAAUCCUAUUCUGUCAGCCACAACAAUUGCGGAUAUCAUAAAAUCACGAACUGAGGCACUCUUGAAAGUCACUAAAGCUGCAGUUUCUGCUAAGCCAAUUGUGAUGAGAGCUGAGUAUGCACAUUGUCCUAAUCUCACCAUUAUUGACACUCCAGGUUUUGUCCUUAAGGCAAAGAAGGGAGAGCCAGAGAAGACACCUGAGGAGAUUCUUUCAAUGGUGAAGUCAUUGGCUACACCUCCCCAUCGUAUUCUCUUGUUCCUUCAACAAAGUAGCGUGGAAUGGUGUUCAUCCCUGUGGCUGGAUGCAAUUCGGGAGAUUGAUCCAACUUUCAGAAGGACCAUAAUAGUUGUCUCCAAAUUUGAUAAUCGGCUUAAGGAAUUUGGUGACCGAUGGGAAGUGGACCGUUAUUUGAGUGCAAGUGGGUACCUAGGAGAUAAUACUCGUCCCUUCUACGUGGCUUUACCAAAGGACAGAAACACCAUCUCAAAUGAUGAGUUUCGCAGGCAAAUAUUUCAGGUGGAUUCCGAAGUAAUACGCCAUUUACGUGAUGGUGUGAAGGGUGGAUUUGAUGAAGAAAAAUUCCGGCCUUAUAUUGGUUUUAACAGUCUGAGGGACUUUUUGGAGUCAGAGCUGCAAAAGAGAUACAAAGAAGCUGCUCCUGCGACCCUAGCAUUGCUUGAGGAGCGUUGUUGUGAAGUUACUGGUGAGUUGGCCAAAAUGGAUUCAAAAAUACAGGCUACUUCUGAUGUUGCUCAUAUGCGCAGAUCUGCAAUGUUGCACACAGCUUCUAUUAGCAAUCAUGUGGGAGCUUUGAUUGAUGGAGCAGCAGAUCCUGCACCCGAGCAGUGGGGUAAAACAUCAGAGGAGGAACAGUCAGAGAGUGGUAUUGGGAGCUGGCCGGGUGUUACUGUCAACAUAAAACCUCCGAAUGCUACACUUAGGCUAUACGGAGGGGCUGCUUUUGAGAGAGUGAUACAUGAGUUCAGAUGUGCUGCGUAUUCCAUUGAAUGCCCUUCAGUGUCAAGGGAGAAGGUGGCAAAUAUAUUGCUAGCUCAUGCUGGCCGAGGAGGGGGUAGAGGUGUGACUGAAGCUGCUGCAGAGAUCGCCCGAGCUGCUGCCAGGUCAUGGCUUGCUCCUCUUCUUGACACUGCUUGCGACCGGCUUGCCUUUGUCUUGGGAAACCUCUUUGAUCUUUCUCUUGAAAGAAAUCAUAUGCGUGACUCAGAAUAUGCAAAGAGAAGCGAGAAUAUGGAUGGCUAUGUCGGUUUUCAUGCCGCCUUAAGACAUGCCUAUAGUCGAUUCAUUAGGGAUCUUUCCAAGCAGUGCAAACAAUUAGUGAGGCAUCAUCUUGAUUCAGUUACAAGUCCAUAUUCUCAAGUUUGUUAUGAGAAUGAUUUUCAAGGAGGCUUUGGGUUGAAUACAACUUCUUACUUCAAAAUCAACCAAGCAUCUGCCGGUUCAUUUUGUUUCGAGCUGUCCGAUGCCAGAGAAUCAUUCUGUGAUGAAACAAUGAGAGAUCAAGAGAACAUACCUCCAGAAAAGAAUGUACAACAAACCACUCCUGGAAAAGGUGCACAACCAAAAGAAGCUCUCAAAGAAUGCCAAAUGACUGUGCCAGAGACUCCCUCUCCUGACCAACCAUGUGAUGUGGUUUAUGCAGGGGCAAAGGAGCAUGGGAACUGCAUUGAAAUUGGACAAAAAAAGCGGAUUUCAAGAAUGACAGGAAACAGCAGAAAUAGUGAGCAUUUAAGAGUUCAAACUGGGGGAGGUCUUGUAUUUGGAAAUGGGGAUACUGGCUCAAGGUCAUGCUCAGCUUACUCAGAAAUAUGCUCAUCUGCUGGUCAGCAUUUUGCACGGAUACGCGAAGUUCUUGUAGAGCGGAGUGUGAUGUCAACUUUGAACUCUGGAUUUUUGACGCCUUGCCGCGAACGGCUGGUGGUGGCCCUUGGAUUGGAUUUGUUUGCUGUAAGUGAUGUGAAAUUCAUGGACAUGUUUGUUGCACCCGGGGCCAUUGAGAUACUACAGACUGAGCGGCAGUCUCUUCAGAAGCGGCAGAAAAUUCUCGAGUCGUGCUUGAAUGAGUUCAAAAGUGUUGCACAGGCUCUUUGAAAUGUCUCACACCUUGUGAACAUGCAUAAUUUUCCAGCCACAACUAGUGAUUUUGUUGUAUUUCAUUUCAUUAGCUCAACUUUUGUGUGUACAUAAUAUGUUUAGUGAUUUUCAUGCUUCUAGAUAGAUGUGUGAAAAAUCCGAACCAAACCGUAAUUAAACAGAAUCGAAGUUCGGUUGGGUUUGGUUUGUAACUAUAAAAAUUUCUAUCUUUUUGGUUUGGUUUGGGAGAAUGUUUUAA